AUGAGCACAAAUCCAUUAGACAGAAUCCAAAUGCAUCCUUGAUUCCACUGUUUUUGAAUUCCCAAAUACACAAAGAAUCAAAAGCAAGCAAAAUGUUGAAUAUGUGAUUAUAAAAAAAGAAAGAAAGAAAAAAAAAAAAAAAAGUUGUGAUCUUUCCUGGAAUUUCUUUCAGGCUGUCAUUUUCUUUGGCGAUCUUCCCAAUUUUGGGCCACUCUGUUUCUCUCCGGACUUGUUUGUUGAUUUGAUUUUUCUUGUCAAAUGCUGAGAAAGAGCAGUGGGACAGAGUUUGAACCCUUUCUGAGAGUAAGAAGCAGGACAUUGAAUUGGUUGUGGAGUUAAGAGGAGCAAAUGGCAAUGCUCUGCGCUUGUUCUGGUGAACAGUUCCAGUUGGAAGAGGCACCACAGUCACCGGAGUCUUUAGCCACAAGGGACUUCUCAGUCAGUGGCCUCUCAACAAGGACCGGAGGGGACUGGGAGUCUCGGUUUGAUGAUAGCCAAGUGGAUGAUGUUGAAUCCACUCUCAAAGAAACACUCUCUUUGAACUAUGAGGAAGCUAGGGCAUUGUUGGGAAGAUUAGAGUAUCAAAGAGGCAACUUUGAUGCUGCAUUGCAGGUAUUUCAGGGGAUUGAUAUUCGUGGAUUGAGAGCGAAGAUGGCUAAGGCCAUUGCUGAGAGAACUCGGCCGAGAAGAGCUCGGUCGAAAGGCCAGCAUUUGCAGACCAAUUUGAUGUCAAUGCAUUCAGUAACCUUGAUUCUUGAGGCAAUGCUGCUUAAAUCCAAAUCCUUGGAAGGUCUUGGCCGUGCAAGAGAUGCUGCUAUUGAAUGUAGAAAUAUUUUAGACAUUGUUGAAUCUGCGUGGCCUCAUGGUUUGCCUGAGGGUAUUGGACACGAUUCCAAGUUGAAGGAGAUGUUUCACAAAGCACUUGAGUUACUUCCAAAACUAUGGAAACAAGCUGGUUUUCUUGAGGAAGCUAUUGCUGCAUACCGUUGCGCUCUAGUCACGCCCUGGAAUUUAGAUCCCCAAAGGUGUGCUAUCUUACAGAAAGACCUUGCUGCAACUCUGCUCUAUGGAGGUGUUGAAGUAACUCUUCCUCCGCAAUUGCAACUGCUCUGGGGUUCCGCAGCUCCUACAAGUAAUGUAGAGGAGGCGAUUUUAUUGUUGUUCAUACUGAUGAAAAAGGUUGCUUUCCAGGAAAUAAGUUGGGAUCCUGAGAUCAUGGAUCACCUCAUUUAUGCACUUGCGGUCUCCGAACAAUAUGAAAUUUUGGCAAGUCAUAUUGAACAAUUGUUACCGGGUAUUUACAGUAGAGCUGAAAGGUGGUACAUUCUUGCACUUUGCUAUGCAGCUGCAGGUUUGGAUGAUGUUGCGAUCAACAUUUUAAGAAAAACUUUGGGUAAAUCAGAAAAAAAGCAUAAACCACAUCUUUCAACUGUUUUACUAGGUGCAAAGCUGUGCAACAAGAACCCAAUCCAUGCUUAUGAAGGAAUACAUUUUGGAAUGAAGGCAUUCCAAUUAACCAAAAAUGAAGAAAACCAUCUGAUGGGUGUUGCCAGCCACUUGCUUGGUGUUUCAUAUGGGCUUUGUGCGAGAUCUUCUAUCUCUGAUUCACAAAGGCUGUUUUUUCAAAAAGAAUCUUUGAAGUUACUACAACUUGCUCUAACAAUUGAAAGAGAUAAUCCUGAGGUGUUAUAUAGUCUGGGAAUGGAGAAUGCAAUUCAACGAAAUAUUCAUGCAGCUGUAGAAAAUGCUGCAGAAUAUCUAGAUAAAAUUACUGGAAGCUCCACGGAUGGUUGGAAAUUGUUAUGUCUUGUAGUAUCUGCGCAGCAGAACUUAAAAGAUUCAGAAGCAAUAGUUGAUCUUGCCGUGCAGGAGACUGGAGAAGUGGAUGGAAUGGCUCUUUUACGGUUGAAGGCGUUAUUGCAAGCUGCUCAACAGCAGCCCAAGCAUUCAAUAGAAACUUAUAGGACAUUGCUUGCGAUGAUUCAAGCACAGAGGGAGGUUGGGUCCCAUAUCUCCAACAAUGAGGUUAAACCUGAAAGAAAAGUAGAAAUGGAAGCAUGGCUGGACUUGUCAGCCAUUUAUAUGAAACUUGGAUCAUGGGCAGAUUCACAUGUGUGUUUGGACAAAGCUAAGUCUAUUGGAUUGUUUUCUCCUGAGAGCUGGCAUGCAACAGGAGUAUUGUUUGAAGCACAGUCACUACACAAGGAAGCUCUAACAGCCUUCUUAAUAUCACUCUCACUAGAACCAGAGCAUGUACCAAGCAUGGUCUCGACAGCAUCAGUGCUCAGAGUGCUGGGAGGUGAUGCGAUGGUGAUUGCAAAGAGCUUCUUGAUGAAUGCUUUGCGACUCGAUCCUGCUAACCAUGAUGCAUGGAUGAACCUUGGCUUCAUUUCAAAGAUUGAAGGUGAACUGGAACAAGCUGCAGAUUGUUUUCAGGCAGCUUAUGAACUCAGUCAAUCAUCUCCUGUGCACAAGUUCGUGUGAAAGUUGCUUCAUUGUAAAUACAAAAGAAUGUAAGUUCAGUCUCUUAUAAACUUUGUUUGCAGUCAAUACACAUUCCAUAAAUUUCAUACUCGAACAGCAUCCCCGCGUUGUUGAUUCCAUUGAAUUGAAGUUCAUAACUAAUGUUUUGGCCAUAAUUCUCAUAUAUACUUUUGAUAAGAUUGUAAACAUUAUGUGAAAUUCACCCUGUGGUUUAUGUAA